AUGCGUCCCAGCCGAAGGCAGGCCGCCCAACUCGCAGCCAGCAGGAUCUCCGCGCAAGCCUCCGAGCCAGACGGAGACGCGCCGCCCGUCGCGCGAGCACCUCGAAAAGCCACAGACACAAAGACACUCACUGCCAGCGCAAAGACCAGGCGCCCAAGAAGCACGACAAAUUCCGACACCCCACCGCAAGCUGCCCUCCGUCGCGUCAAACGCGAAGAAGAAGACGACUACGAGCAUGAAGAGGAGGAAAUAGAGCAGGACGGGGAGGAAGAGGCGGCAAUGCGGCCGGCUAAGAGACGGAAAGUGGCAGCGGAUGCCGGCCGCACGGCGCAAAUCAUGGAGACCCUCUUUGAUCGCUCCGCACCCGCACAUCUCGCGAGCCUCCCCUCGCACGGUCGCAUACACCCCAUCACAUAUCACAGGCCCCUCUUGUUACAGGCCGGCGGGAAAGGGAAAGCCGGGCGCGAUGCGCUGCUCCGGUGCGUGGAUCGACCCGCGCGGGUGCCCGACGCGGACGAGCUGCGCGAAGCGCUGGAGAGGAGGGCCUACGAGGUGUGGAUCAGCGAAAUUAUGCUUCAGCAGACCCGCGUCGCCGUGGUCAUCGACUACUGGAACCGGUGGAUGGCGAAGUGGCCGACCAUACGGGACCUCGCGCGCGCCGACGCCGACGAGGUCCUGCUCGCGUGGCGGGGGUUGGGCUACUACAGCCGCGCGAGGCGGAUCCACGAAGCGGCGCGUCUCGUGGAGCUGGAGGCCAAGGUCCCGGGCAUCGGACGGUACACCGCGGGCGCCAUCACGUCCAUCGUGUUCGGCCGGGCGGUGCCGAUGGUGGAUGGGAACGUCCUCCGGGUAUUGAGCCGACAGCUCGGCAUUUACGGAAACGUCAAGACCGACAAGGCUACCAUCGACACCAUGUGGGCGGCGGCGGCUGCGCUCGUCAAGGCCGUUGCCGAGGACGCGCUGGCGCCGGAAGACGGCGAGGGCGUGCCGAGCGACGCGCCGGGACGAUGGGGCCAGGCGCUGAUGGAGCUCGGAAGCACGAUUUGCACGCCGAAACCCGCGUGCGGGACGUGUCCCAUUCGGUCGACGUGCGCGGCCUUCCAGGAAGGGGUUGCGCGCGGCCGACCCCGCGGCGACGGCAAGGUCAAGACGGAGCUGCCCCUCGCGGACAUGGAAGACUUGUGCGCGCUGUGCGAGCCGUUUGAGGACGUGGGCGACUACGAGGAGGGUGGCGCGGAGGCGCUAGCUACGAAGAAGAACGGGGCUAAUGCCGGCAAGGCGAGAAAGACGUCUGCAAAAUCAGCCGGGGGAAAGCGACGCUGCGGCAGCCACGGCGGGGACCUUGGCCGCGGGCAAAAGGGCCUGCUGGCGGGGCUGUGGGAACUCCCUAGCGGCACGCUCGUAGCGGGGACGGGGACGGGACCCGGCAAGGCAGCGGUCGCGGCGAGAAAGUCGGCGGCGGUGAAAUUUACCAGCCAGCUCCGCGCCGGGUUGGGAGCGCCGGGGAACGUUGUCAAGCACGCUGGGGAACUGGGCAGCGUGCCGUGGCUCUUUUCCCAUCUCAAGCUGACGAUGCACGUGCAAUUGUUCACAGCGUCGGUUUUGCCGGACGCCGCCGACGCUGCGAUCGGAGACGUGGUGGGGCCCGACGGCGGCGGCGGCGGCGGCGGUCAGUGGAGGUGGGCGUCGGAAAAGGAGAUUGAGGACGAGUCCAUGGGGACGGGGAUGCGCAAGUGCUGGGCGCUUGUGAGGGGCGUUGGAAGGGAGGAGUGA